UUUGAAGCCAUUACGCCAUGUUUCGCCCGUUGAAGCGGUAUGUUUUGCUAGCUGUAUWUUUCAUUCUCUCACAAGGUUAGUAAUUUUGUUAUCGGACAGCAAGUCGUUUAACUAUUUUUGCCAAAAUUGAAAACAACAUUAUUGCUCUUCAGCUCAGGAUCUCCAGUUCGGCAUGAACGAAUUCCCAACAGGAGAAAAAUACUUUAGCUGUGGAAAUAUCACUUUUAAGACUCCGUUCUCGUCAUCUGACGUGUACGUUCAUACUUCAUUAUAUAAUAAAGAUCCCACUGGAAACACUUAUGAAGCCGCGGUGAACUGGGUUGAGAAUGUCCAAGCAACAGGAUUUAAGRCAUGCGCGGUAACAUCCGGUCCGUACCGUGACAUGGCGACGUUARUUGUCAAUUGGAUGGCAUUUUCGCAAGUCCCACAAGGAUCUAAGGCUGGGCGGCACCWCUUAAGUAGCUUUGUAUCUGGAACUGCUUGUGAGACGGUMUACUUCCCAGAGAAAUUUGUAAGUUUCCCCGAUGUUUAUGCGACUAUUGUACACACACAUGCUAAUGAAAAACGAAAUGACGCAGCAACACUUUGGCUCGAGAACGUCAAAAAAUCUUCAUUUAAAAUAUGUCUUAGAGAGCUCAAAAACUUUAAUGGCGAACACAAAUCAUUUGAAGUGAGCUGGUUGGGCAUGGCUGAGAAGCCUGGACAUGGAAAUGCAAAGGAAAAGAAGAGGAUGAAAAUGCUAAACGACGGGCYGCCGAGAAAAUCACAAAAGUACAGUUUUUGCCAGAACUCAACUUUUGACUACAAGUUUUUUGAGCCUCCGGUGAUUAUCACCAGUGCCUCUCACACAUUUGACCCAGGGAACCCAAGAUCAAUUAACCCAAAGACUAAUACCAUGUCUAACUGGAUUGAGAACUUAGAUAUCAAUGGACUUCAAAUAUGCAUGAAAGAUGGUCAGAAACUGAGGGGAAAGCACACGCCGUURGACAUUACUUUUAUGGCACUUGGAGAUUAUGAUCCAUGCAUUGAAGUCGUUUGUGGUUUCUACGCUCAGUGUGUAGCCUUUGGACCUUCUGACGCUCGAUGUAUCUGUGACUUCUCGUGUCCGUCUUAUGAAGACAUGUUAUGCAGUUCUGCCGGUGUCACAUACAACAAUGAAUGCCUMUACAAGAAAGCAAUGUGCGAACACAAACAAAACAUUCAAAUUGCUCAUGCUGGAAGUUGCAGACCCUUUAUCCUACAGCGAGGACGUACCCAGGUCUCACUCGACAUUGYUGAUGUAAGGUGUACGGAUGUCACAUACGAGUCAAAUGAAUGGUAUACAUUAUUACCRAUCCACGUUCUUAUCACGGUCAAUUACGACGGACAAGGUCCUGGUAUUGUGCAUCAUGCAGUCAGUAGUUGGGUGGAAAGGAUAAGUCAUUCUAAAUUCACAGCAUGUGCACUUAAGGCUGGCAGAAAUGACGAGGAAACGAUUGCCUCUGGUCUAACUUACAUCGACUGGAUAGCCUUUCAAGGAUCUCCCAAGGGAGGGGUAGUUGGUGAGCAACUCAUUGCUGAUUGGUGGGAUGGAACCACAUGCAAAGCACUGUCUUUCCCAUUAGAGAAAUUUGAGAGUUCCCCAUUUGUAUUACUUAGUGCUGAACACACUCGUAUUGGUCUCAAGCACGACGCAGCCACACUAUGGAGUGAAGAUGUGACAGCGGGGAACUUCCGAGUGUGCAUGCGCGAGUUGCAGAACUUUGAUGGGCUACACCGAAACAUCAAUGUGAACUGGAUGGCAUACGAAUACCUUCCAAGAAACYUCUUCUCCGAACGAAGCUAUAUACACUUUGAUAACGCAGAGCUACCUCUAGAAGCAGAAAGACACGCACAUUGCAAGGCUGUGCAGUUUGGAGUUAUUUACGAAGAUGUUCCUACUGUCUUGCUGAGUGCUACCCAUAAUUCUAGUCGAUCUGGUUCUUUGAUACCAUUGCAUAACAGUAUAGCAUCGUGGAUCGAGAACAUUGACAAGCAUGGAUUUCGAGUCUGCAUCAAAGAACUCAAUAACGGCGGAAAAUAUGAUCCGGUUGAUAUUCAUUGGGCAGCUCUACCAGAAUGCAACAGGACCCUCCUGAAUCCAGUCAACUCGUCAGYAAUACCAGACUCUGCUGUUUCUGCGUCAUCUCAGCUUUCUCCAUCCACUCCAGCAAGGCUAUGUCGCAUUGUCAAGGAAGCCAAAAUUGAACCGUUUUCGUGGUGCGCCAACAGCACUAAUGAUCAGUGGUUACAAAUUGACCUUGGACAUCUACAUGUUGUAUCAGGCGUGGCUACUCAAGGCAGCUAUGAUCAAAAAGCCUGGGUCACAGAAUAYCAAUUGUCAUAUAGUAAAAACGMGUCUACAUUCAUCAUUUACAAAGAAAACAGUCUAGUGAGGGUACGUGAAAUUAAUUGACGGUUUUAGUGCAUAUAUUGCGCUUUUUAUUCAGUAGGAGACUUCGACAUCUGUUCUUUUAAAUAACAAUUCUUAUACGAUUUUUUUCUGGGUAUGGGAUGCUGAACUGAGAUUCUG